CAAAAGAUGUGCACUAGUGCAUAUGCUGGAGUUAGUUGUAUUGUAUCGGUGGGCAAGGCAUGUCGUGGUCCUCUGGUUCAGAAUCAGAAGAGUCAGCGAGCCCCAACAACCUAAUCCCGUCCCUCCCAGACGACGUCGCAUUGAACUGCCUAGGACGCAUCCCUCGGUCCCAGCACCCAACCCUCUCCCUGGUCUCCAAACCCAUCCGCACCCUCCUCUCUUCCCCAAUCCUCUUCACCACGCGAACCCUCCUCCAAUGCACCCAACCCCUCCUCUACCUCACUCUCCGCUCACGCCACUCCUCUCUCCUCCAAUUCUUCACGCUCCACCGCACAAACCCUAAUAACCCCCUCCUCGCUCCCCUUCCCCCGAUCCCCUCCCCCGCCGUCGGCUCCGCCUACGCCGUCCUCGGCCCCACCAUCUACGUCCUCGGCGGCUCCAUCCACGACGUCCCCUCCCCCAACGUCUGGCUCCUCGACUGCCGCUUCAACCGCUGGCUCCGCGGUCCCUCCAUGCGCGUCGGCCGCGAAUUCGCCGCCGCGGGAGUCCUCCACGGCAAGAUCUACGUCCUCGGCGGCUGCGUCGCUGACACCUGGUCCCGCUCCGCCAAUUGGGCGGAGGUCCUCGACCCCGCCACUGGCCAAUGGGAGAGGGUCGCCAGUCCGACGGAGGUCCGUGAGAAGUGGAUGCACGCCAGCGCCGUCGUCGGGGAGCGGAUCUACGCGAUGGCAGAUCGCGGUGGCAUCGCCUACGAGCCUAGCAGCGGCGCGUGGGAGAGCGUGGGGGUAGAAUUGGACCACGGGUGGAGGGGGAGGGCGUGCGUGGUGGAAGGGAUUUUGUACUGCUACGAUUAUUUGGGGAAAAUCAAAGGGUUCGAUGUGGGGCGCGGGGUGUGGGAGGAGUUGAAGGGGUUGGAGAAGGGUUUGCCCAGGUUUCUGUGUGGGGCUACCAUGGCUGAUUUGGGUGGGAAAUUGUGUGUGGUUUGGGAGUGCCAGGGGAAUGAGAAUGAAAUGGAGAUUUGGUGCGCUGAGAUUGGAGUGAAGAAGAAUUCGGAUGGGGAAUUGUGGGGUCAACUUGUUUGGUUCGGGAAGGUUCUUUCUGUUCCCAAAGGCUCUUCCAUUGUCAACUGUUCUUCUGUUUCCUUGUGACCAUACAUUACAUGAGCUCCUCAACUAGUACUGCGCUUUGAAGUGAAUCAAGUCAUGUGUUAAUGGAAUGAAAGUUUGUGUAUGAGUGUCUCUGCGACCUUGAAUUUCAGUUACUGGAUGAUCUGAGUAAGCAAUACUCUUGUUCUUGCAUAACAUGACAUUUGUUUGUCAGUAUUCGGAUAAUCAUAGGAAAUGUGUAUUUAUACCGGUUUAUAUCUGAAUAAAAUAUAUUCCUAUUCAUACUAGUA